ACGUUCAUUUUACACACACACAUAUGCAUGCUGAUUUAUUCCCGUUAACGUGAUGCAACAUAUAGAAGAUGUAUAUCUUUUGUAUUAUGCAUCUCUCGCAUCAUAUUAACGCGAAUAAAUUAAUUACUUUCAUUAACGUCGAUUUAUUUGCGGAAGAUUGUAUAAUUUUCUUUUUUAUGUUGGAGAAAAAUCAUUCUAUUUACUCAACAAAUAAGAAUCAUCUGACCGUCUCAAAAGUCAAAUCAAUCAACUCCACCUUUUGCAAAUUUCUGAAUUUUAUUACCGGAACGGUUUGUGACUUCUCAUUAAUUUUAAACUUCUGAUUUCAUGUAGUUAAUGAAUUUGGCUUGAGAGACUCAUUUGAGGCUCGUAAAAUUACAAGCAUAAAAAUUCUCUUUAAUGUCAAUCUCUUUCGACAAAUAACUUUCCAUUCUUAGGCUAAAUGCCAUAAAACGUCGAUUAAAAAAUGAGUGCUGAUCAUAAUUGGAAAAUGUUAAUUAGUAAUAGAAUAUAAAGAUUAUUCACAAUCAGUCAGAUUGAGAAAUUAAAGAGGAAAUCUUGCAGCUUAUUUUCGACGAGCAUAAAUUUCAUUUGAUACUCUACUCCGCAUUAUUUAAAAGCAAAGAACUCUGUCAUUCAUCUCUUCAAUAUAAAUUAUUCAUUCGUAAAAAAAAAAAAGACGGACGGAAACCCUCCACGGCCGUUACAAUCCAGCUCCUGCGUGCGAGAAAUGACAUCUCAUUCUCGCCGCGGGACAAAUUCCCGGUUGAGAGCCAGAUGUAACCAUAAUUGGAAGAAACCGUGAGGUGAGCAGCAAAGUGGGCAAGUAAACAGAGACUGUUUACCCGCGGGGAACCUCGCGGAAAAAUUUAAUGGGCUUACUUUAAGACAGAAGUCUUAUAUCGAGAUAAUUAUUAAAAUUCAAAUUAAUCAAAAUGACGUCGGUACUUCGUAUGCGCGCUGCGUUUGUGGCAAGCCGAAGAUUUCCUUCGCCCAAGACUCUCGGGAGAAGCUACGCGACGUACGUUCAAGGCCAAUCCCCCGAGCCCCGAGUGCGAGAGUACUUCUAUUAUAUCGAUCAUCAAGGCAUGUUGUUCCUGGAUGACGUCCGCAUAAGGAAUUUCACCUCCUGCUUUAAAGAUAAGAAAUUCCUGGCAUUCUUCUUCAAGCGCCUGAGAAAGAAUACCAUCGGCCGCUACACGGACGACUUUCCGUUCCUGUCGAUCUGCGGUGUGGAGAGGAACUUCGUGAGAUGCGACGACUUGCCGCUGGUCUUCACAAAGGUGAUUCGGAAGCGCGACGUGGAAACGGGCGCGGAGGAGGACUGGUUCAGUUACGCGCACGCGGACGACUUGUUGAUGGUGCCGUUUGAUCCGCAAAGAUUAUUCAUGAACGUUAAAACGGGUAGAGUGUAUCAUCCCGCGCCGGAGAAGGCGGGCGGGAUCGGCUUGGUGCGAUCCAAUCUGGCUAUCGAGUUCAGCGCUUCGUUCAACUUCGAGAACGGCGAGGGAAACCCGCCGACGCACUUCGCGUGGUGCGACAAGUGAUAUCAGCUCGAUACGGAGUGGUACAGAGACAAAUUGUGAAUCGCUGGAAUAGCUAGGUAAAAAUAAGCUUCUCUCGUUCAUAAUUUGUAAACGAACUACAAAGGAAAAGGGAUUCUCCAGUGACCCGAACGUACGUUGAUCUGAAUAAGGUUUCAAUCGUCGCACAUUGUUCAUUAAAAAGUUACGAAUAGA